CGGCGGCAGUGGCGCGGGAGCGGGGGUCGGAGCGGGCGCCGGAGCCGGAGCCGGAGCGCGAAAGGGGUCCUGAGCGGGGACCCGCGCCGCGCUGCUGAGGGAGCCGGGGCCGCCCAGCCCGGCCAGCGGGCCGCGGGGCCACGGCCACGGCCACGGCCACGGCCACGGCGGAGGCCGUCAGCCGAGAGCCACGAGAUUUGAGCCCGCGGGACCUGUUAGCAGCAUGUGUCCGCCCCCCCGCGCGCGACCCCGAGGCCACUGAGAUGAGCGCCGCGGCUGGGCCCUCGCGCGCGCGCGCGUCCCACUAGCCGGGGCGCUGGGCCGCCAUGGUGUGCUAGCCCCGAAGAGCCGCCGUGACCUCAGGUCUCCGUGGAGCCAGGAUUUGCACGGCAGCAGAGUCACCGUGGAGAGGCCAGGGUACCACAAACUUAUGGAUUUUGACAAGAAAGGAGGGAAAGGGGAGUCGGAGGAGGGCCGGAGAAUGUCCAAGGCCGGCGGCCGGACCAGCCACGGCGUUCGGAGCUCGGGGACCGGCUCGGGGGUCCUGAUGGUGGGCCCCAACUUCCGGGUCGGGAAGAAGAUAGGCUGUGGCAACUUCGGGGAGCUCCGGCUAGGAAAGAAUCUCUACACAAACGAAUACGUAGCUAUCAAGUUGGAGCCCAUCAAGUCCCGGGCCCCGCAGCUGCACCUGGAGUACCGCUUCUAUAAGCAGCUCAGCGCGGCAGAGGGCGUCCCUCAGGUCUACUACUUCGGUCCGUGCGGGAAGUACAACGCCAUGGUGCUGGAGCUGCUCGGGCCCAGCCUGGAGGACCUGUUCGACCUGUGCGACCGCACGUUCACGCUCAAGACGGUGCUCAUGAUCGCCAUCCAGCUGAUCACGCGCAUGGAGUACGUGCACACCAAGAGCCUCAUCUACCGCGACGUGAAGCCGGAGAACUUCCUGGUGGGACGGCCGGGCACCAAGCGUCAGCACGCCAUCCACAUCAUCGACUUCGGCCUGGCCAAGGAGUACAUCGACCCCGAGACCAAGAAGCACAUCCCGUACCGCGAGCACAAGAGCCUGACGGGCACGGCGCGCUACAUGAGCAUCAACACGCACCUGGGCAAGGAGCAGAGCCGCCGCGACGACCUGGAGGCGCUGGGCCACAUGUUCAUGUACUUCCUGCGCGGCAGCCUGCCCUGGCAGGGGCUCAAGGCGGACACGCUCAAGGAGCGCUACCAGAAGAUCGGGGACACCAAGCGAGCCACGCCCAUCGAGGUGCUCUGCGAGAGCUUCCCAGAGGAGAUGGCCACGUACCUGCGCUAUGUGCGGCGCCUGGACUUCUUCGAGAAGCCCGACUACGACUACCUGCGCAAGCUCUUCACCGACCUCUUUGACCGCAGCGGCUUUGUGUUCGACUAUGAGUACGACUGGGCUGGGAAGCCCCUGCCCACGCCCAUCGGCACGGUCCACACCGACCUGCCCUCGCAGCCUCAAGUUCGGGACAAAGCCCUGCUACACAGCAAAAACCAGGCACUGAACUCCACCAACGGGGAGCUGAAUGCCGACGACCCCACCGCCGGUCACUCCAAUGCCCCCAUCACGGCCCCCGCAGAGGUGGAGGUGGCUGACGACACCAAGUGCUGCUGUUUCUUCAAGAGGAGGAAGAGAAAAUCGCUGCAGCGACACAAGUGACCUUGGGCGGCGGCCCCUGAGUCCUCCCGCUGCAGCCCCUCGGGCCAGCUUGCCGUGGCCCCGUGGCCACAGCCAGAUGCAAGCUGCAGGGCUGGCUGAGCUGCCGCCCCCACGGGGGGCCACUUCCUUCACGUAAGACUUUGGCCGAGGUUUCUACACUUGUGUCUAGUCCUCCCCUCCGAGAGCAUUAACUUUAAAACAAGGAAAAGAGAAAACCACAGCGGCCGUCCUGCCCCACUCCCCGCCCGCCUGCUGAGUGAGUAGUGGGCCCGCCGCCACCGCCGCCACCGUUAGUGUGAUUCAAUGCAGCUUCUCCCUCGAUCCAAAGGCUGUUUUCUCGAGGGGGCGCUGCGGGGGCGUUGCUGCCGAGGGUGAGCCCAUCCUGGGCCUCCCCAAACCAAAGGGGAAGGCGGGGUGGGGGCGGCCGGCAACCAAAAUGCUGCACCAAAGCCUGGGCCGGCGGGCAUGGCCCGCGGGCUGUUUUGCGCACCUGCUCAAGGGGCCGCUGCUGGCCCGGAACUCGGGGCGCUGCCUCGUGGCCAGCCGGCAGCGCCGGGCGUGCAGGCUUCUUGUGUGGGCUGUGCGCUGCUGGCCGAGCAGUGGGAGACAAGCGCCUUAAAGCCCGUCCCCAGCCCUGCAGGUGCGUGCGGAGCGGGCAGCCCCGUCAGUGCUGCCAGUGGUCCCUGGAGCCCCGCGUCCUGCGUGGGCAGAGCGGCUGGGGGUGCCCCCACGGCGUGUGCGUCUAGGUCUUGCUUUACAAAGUGUACAGAAAUGGCACUUCCGUUUCUUUGAUGCUUCCUGGAAGCCAUAGAACUUAGGGGCUUUUUUAAAAAAAAUAAAGGAAAAUGAAACCAGUC